ACUCUUUGUGAUUCUCCGAUCCAUCGUAGCAUUCUGUCUUAGGGUUUCCAUUUCUCACCAUUUGCAUUCAAAUUUCUUUUUCUCUCUCCGAAUAGUCUAUCGAAAACCCACUAAUUCACCAAGAUGAAGCUUACUGUGAAGACUCUCAAAGGUAGUCACUUCGAGAUUAGGGUUCAACCCUCCGACACUGUUAUGGCGGUUAAGAAAAACAUUGAAGAUAUACAAGGGAAAGACAACUACCCUUGUGGACAACAAUUACUGAUUCAUAAUGGCAAGGUCUUGAAAGACGAUAGUACACUGGCAGAGAACAAGGUCUCUGAAGAUGGUUUUCUGGUUGUCAUGCUUAGCAAGAGUAAACCUUCUGGGUCAGGCGGGACAUCAUCUACCCAGCCUGCUUCGACAACUGCACCAUCUACGAAUCCUCCUCCAGCACCCGAAGCUCCUUCACAACCUCUGGCUGCUAAGAGCACUGCAUCUGCUUCUGAGGUGGCUGCAGCUAGUGCUCCUUCGGAUACAUAUGGUCAAGCUGCUUCAAAUUUAGUUGCUGGUAAUAGUCUUGAGCAAACUAUUCAACAGAUAAUGGAUAUAGGUGGUGGCAAUUGGGACAAGGAAACUGUUACCCGUGCACUCCGUGCUGCUUACAACAACCCUGAGCGAGCUGUAGAUUACUUGUAUUCUGGUAUUCCAGAAACAACUGAAGUUGCAGUACCAGUGGCUCAUUUUCCUGCCAAUCAGGCAACUAGUGGUGUCAGUCCCAUUACUGAAGCAAGUGCAGCAGGAGCUGCACCUGUUUCUGGGGCACCUAAUUCUUCUCCCUUGAAUUUGUUUCCUCAGGAAACAGUUUCUGGUGCUAGUGGUGGUGGUCUUGGAUCCCUUGAUUUCCUUAGAAACAACCAACAGUUCCAAGCGCUGCGUUCAAUGGUGCAAUCAAAUCCUCAAAUUUUACAGCCCAUGCUUCAGGAGCUAGGAAAGCAAAACCCUCAACUUUUAAGAAUGAUUCAGGAGCACCACGCAGAGUUCCUACAACUAAUAAAUGAACCAGUUGAAGGUUCUGAAGGGGAUCUACUGGAUCAGCCUGAGCAGGACAUGCCCCAUGCUAUUAGUGUCACUCCAGCAGAGCAGGAGGCCAUUGAACGACUUGAAGCACUGGGGUUUGAGAGAGCCCUUGUUAUUGAGGCCUUUUUAGCCUGUGACCGCAAUGAGGAAUUGGCUGCGAACUACUUAUUGGAGAAUGCUGGAGAUUACGAAGAUUGAGUACAAGACAUCCAGAUUGCAUUUUCUACUGCUCCUCAGGUAGUUUCACAUUGAUAUGAUCGGUGUUGUCUGGAGUUUUUGUAGAAGCCGCACAACGCCUUCAGAAAUUCAAUACAAACUUAUUUAAUCAAUCCAACAUGGUCAUUAAAAUCAGGUUCCCAUUGUAGUAGUCCAUGAGCAUGAUAGUUUUUGAAUCUCCAAGGUGGUGUGGUUGGAAUUGUGAAGUAUAGUUGAUUUGCCAUAACUUUUUUAUUUUUGUUUACUGUUUUCUGCUUGACAUGUCCAAAUUUCUACAUUAUUUUUACACUUUUGCCUUAAUUUGUAUGGUAUGCAUUUGGGUUUUGCAUGAAUUAAAUUUAAUAUAAGAUCCUUG